AUGGCGGCAGAGGGGCGGGGCGUCUUCCUGGCCAGUCCCAGGCGCACAGAGAGCACGUGUCCCCCCUCGGGGCAGCCACCCCCUGAAGCACCCCAGGGUGGCCCCGCAGCCAGAGGAAUGGCCCCCCGGACCCCGAGGGCCCCCUCCCAGGGGUCAAUAACACUCAAGGAUGUGAUUGUGGACUUCACCCAGGAGGAGUGGCGCCUUUUGGACCAUUCUCAGAAAGAGCUGUGCCUGGAGGUCAUACUGGAGAAUGUGCAGAAUCUACUCUCUGUGGAUGCUGAGACAGCUUUUGAAGUGAAGGAGAUGACUACGAAGCUGAGCCUUUUUGUGGAAGGAUGUGGCCUCCAAAGAUGCAUGAAUGAGCAUCCCUGUGACUUCAUUUUGAGAGAAAUUGUUGACUCUAAUAUCAAGUUAAAGAAAAAUCCAAAGAGUAACAAGGUAUUUGAUGAGACUACAGAGAAAUUCAGCCAAUAUUCGGUCCUAAAUCAGUAUAUGGAUUUGACCUUAGGAAAUGACUAUUGUCAAGAUAGUGAAUACGCCAAAUACUCUCCUGAAGAAGCAGGAUUUAUUCAGUCACCUGAGAAACCUCCUGAAAUGCCCGUGUAUCAGGGUGACCUAGAGGGAAUGGCCUUUGACUGUAGUUCAGACCUCAUUAGACAUCCAAAAAGGAAAUGCGUAAAGAUGGUUUCUAUGAGUAAUAAAGGUGGCAAACCUUCUAGUCAGAACUCUGAAAUUGCUGCACAUCAAAUAAUGCACUGCGGAGAGAAAGCUUAUGAAUGUAAGCACCGUGGAAAGGCUUUCAGUCAGAGGGGCAAUCUUGUUAUACAUCAGAGAAUCCACAGUGGAGAGAAACCUUAUGAAUGUAAACACUGUGGAAAGGCUUUUACAUGGAAGGUCUCUUUUACUGAACAUCAGAGAAUCCACACUGGAGAGAAACCUUAUGAAUGUAAACACUGUGGAAAGGCUUUCACAAAGAAGGGCCAUCUUUCUGGUCAUCAGAGAAUCCAUAGUGGAGAGAAACCUUAUGAGUGUAAACACUGUGGAAAGGCUUUUACAUGGAAGGUCUCUUUUACUGAACAUCAGAGAAUCCACACUGGAGAGAAACCUUAUGAAUGUAAACACUGUGGAAAGGCUUUCACAAAGAAGGGCCAUCUUUCUGGUCAUCAGAGAAUCCAUAGUGGAGAGAAACCUUAUGAGUGUAAACACUGUGGAAAGGCUUUUACAUGGAAGGUCUCUUUUACUGAACAUCAGAGAAUCCACACUGGAGAGAAACCUUAUGAAUGUAAACACUGUGGAAAGGCUUUCACAAAGAAGGGCCAUCUUUCUGGUCAUCAGAGAAUCCAUAGUGGAGAGAAACCUUAUGAGUGUAAACACUGUGGAAAGGCUUUUACAUGGAAGGUCUCUUUUACUGAACAUCAGAGAAUCCACACUGGAGAGAAACCUUAUGAAUGUAAACACUGUGGAAAGGCUUUCACAAAGAGGGGCCAUCUUGCCAUUCAUCAGAGAAUCCACACUGGAGAGAAACCUUAUGAAUGUAAACAUUGUGGAAAGGCUUUCACAGAUAGAGGCAAUCUUGCCAAACAUCAGAGAAUCCACAGUGGAGAGAAACCUUAUGAAUGCAAACACUGUGGAAAGGCUUUCACAGAGAGGGGUUCUCUUGCUGUACAUCAGAGAAUCCACACUGGAGAGAAACCUUAUGAAUGUAACCACUGUGGAAAGGCUUUCACAGAGAGGGGUUCUCUUGCUGUACAUCAGAGAAUCCACACUGGAGAGAAACCUUAUGAGUGUAAACAAUGUGGAAAGGCUUUCACAGAUAGACGCAAUCUUGUUGCACAUCUGAGAAUCCACACUGGAGAGAAACCUUAUGAGUGUAAACAAUGUGGAAAGGCUUUCACAGAUAGCGGCUCUCUUGCUAAACAUCAGAGGAGCCACAGUGGAGAGAAACCUUAUGAAUGUAAACACUGUAGAAAGGCUUUUACAUGGAAGGUCUCUUUUAUUGAACAUCAGAGAAGCCACAGUGGAGAGAAACCUUAUGAAUGUGCACAGUGUGGAAAGGCUUUCACACAGAGAGGCCAUCUUGUCAGUCAUCAGAGAAUCCACAGUGGAGAGAAACCUUAUGAAUGUAAACAAUGUGGAAAGGCUUUCACAGAGAGGGGUUCUCUUGCUGUACAUCAGAGAAUCCACACUGGAGAGAAACCUUAUGAGUGUAAACAAUGUGGAAAGGCUUUCACCCAGAGAGGCUCUCUUUCCAUUCAUCAGAGAAGUCACAGUGGAGAGAAACCUUAUGAAUGUAAACAAUGUGGAAAGGCUUUCAGAGACAGUGGCUCUCUUGCUGCACAUCAGAGAAUCCACAGUGGAGAGAAACCUUAUGAAUGUAUACAGUGUGGAAAGGCUUUCACACAGAGAGGCCAGCUUACUGUACAUCAGAGAAGCCACAGUGGAGAGAAACCUUAUGAAUGUAAACAGUGUGGAAAGGCUUUCACAGAUAGAGGCAAUCUUGUCAGUCAUCAGAGAAUCCACAGUGGAGAGAAACCUUAUAAAUGUAAACAAUGUGUUAAGGCUUUCAGAUGGAGGGAGUCUCUUGCCAGACAUCAGAGCAUCCACACUGAAUAGAAACUUUGUGAAUAUCAUUAAUUUGGAUAGACUUUCAUAUAAAGCUCCACAGUUGUUUCAUGUCAGAAAAUCUUCACUGGAGAGAAGCCUCAUGAGUGAGACCGACCUUAUACUUGCUACUUUUAGAUUAUUUAACAUAAAAGGACCCAUACUAGAGAAAAACUUUAGUAAUAUUAUAAAUGUGGUAAGUUCUUUAGGCAACAAUCAUCUCAUUCCCAAACAAGAGUUCCUUUGGGAUAGAAAUCUUAUUAUUGUCAUGAAUGAAGAAGGACAUCAAAAUGGAGAGUCCAGAGCUUGUGUAGUAUGAGAAAAAUUUCUUCUGAACAGACCAGUUCCAGAUGGAUUCUCUGGAGGAUGGCUUUCAGCCAGGAUAACAUCCUUUACUUCAUAUGAGAGGAUUCAUAGUGCAGAAAAUACCUAAUCAGUGUGCUAAAGUUAUAUGUAUUUUCCCCAGGAGAAGGGUGGUCACUAUUAUUUAGGGAAAUGCAAAUUAUAAUAAGGCUGAGGGAUCACCCCAUAUCUUUUAGAUUUGCCAUGAUGACAGAAAAGGAAAGUGACAAAUUUGGAGGAGAUGUGAGAAAACUAAGAUACUAAUGAACUACUGGGGGAUUUGUGAACUGAUUCAGCAAUUCUGGAAAGAGCAAUUUGGAACUAUGUUCAAAGGGCAUUAAAAAACAAAAAGGUAAAGGACUUAUAGGUAUUGAAAAAUCACUUAAAGCUGCUCUUUUUUUUAAAACCCUUACCUUCCAUCUUGGAAUCAAUUCUGUGUAUUGGUUCCAAGGCAGAAGAGUAGUAAGGGCUAGGCAAUGGGGGUUAAGUGAAUUGCCCAGGGUCACAUAACUGGGAAGUGUCUGAGGCUAGAUUUGAACCUAGGACCUCCCAUUUCUAGGCCUGGCUCUCAACCCACUGAGCUACCCAGCUGCCCCUCUUUUUGCUGUGACAAAAGAAUUGGAAAGUAAGAGCAAGCUUAGCUUUUCUAACUUAAAAGUAAGUUCCCAGACAAAUUAAUUCUACAUUGGGUCCUGGAUUCCAACCCAGUGUGGUCUCCGCCAGACUACACACCAGAGAUGGCUAUAUAGAUAAGCUGGGUGGUAGAGAGAUAGGGAGGGAGAGGGAGAGAAAUCCUUUCACAAGUCCAAAGAAAUGGCCCAGAGUCCUGUGAGUUUUACCUGCUGGCUUUUUAAGCUGAGUCUAAGCUUUCCCCCAAUCCUUCAGUUGGCCUAAGGUUUCACCUCAGUCCUCAUAUGUCACAUCUCUUGACGUCUUUGACUUCUGUGGUCAGGAAUCUCUUCUUCCAUGCUGGCAAAUUAAAACACAUGACUCUGUGACUCCUAUGGCUACUUAGUGUGGUGAGUCUUCCAGGAUUGAACUGGGUUGGAGUUCCCCAGAUAUUUAGUUAACACACUUUGGUAAGAAACUACUUAAAAAAUGUAAAAUCCUUUUGGGUAGGGAAAGCUUCAUUCAUGUAUUUUUAUCCCCAGUACAUUGUUUGGUUGCUAGUACAUAGUAGGCACUUAAUACCAACUUGAUUGAUUGAUUAACAUUUUGCUUUUGCUUAAGUACAAUAAAUUUUUAUUCUGUAUUAUUUUUUAAUUUCUAAUAUUCCCCUUUCUUUAAUCUUGAAAUGCCAACCCACCUUCUCCCCCCCCCCCUUUUAAUCUAGCUUAAAGAGACACCUCUCCUUGACUGCCAGGAGCCAUAAAGUUCACGCUGUCUGACAUGGUCACAUGUGGAAACUGGGGACUACAUGAGGGCCCCCAGGAAGGAUGGAAACAUCCACUGAGACACACACCCCCAGUGACUUUUCUCUUAUUAUCACCUCCUUAUUAUUGGAAUUGUUAUGAUUGGUAUUCUUGCCCAACCCCAGAGAAAUAGAUGAGAGCUAAAUGCCUGCAAGAUUGAAAUAGAUGUCCUACUCCAUCCCCCAGAAUAUCAUCAAGAGAUUCUACUUACAAAAUUGAACCUAAGGAUUCCUAUGUACCCACUUAGAUGGAACCCCCUUUUUCAGUAUAAAAAACCUUAACAAAAACUGCUUAGGCUUCCCGCUCCCAUGUACAGGCUAGGGAUGACAGGUAUAUUGAUUGCCUUUAAGGGAGAGGCUGGUAUGUUCUACUUCACUGAUUUGUUUUGCUAACAGGUCUAGGCAAUCUGUCUUGGAAACCUUAGUGAAACAUUAGAAAAUGAAACCCUGAUAUUGGAAAAAUACUUGAAACUGGGUUAUGUUUCGUCUUCCCCGCACUUGGCAACAGUGUUUUAUUGAUCAACCUCUUAGAAUUCUGAUUGAUCAGGUAUUUGAUUAAAGUAAUGAAUAAGUACUUUAACCACAUGUCUGAGCACCUCAUGGGUUAACCCCUAGCUAUGCUGCCCAUGAUGAGAAAACAUCAAUCUUCUGUAAAGCGUUGUAUUUGUGGUUAGCAUCUGUAGAAACAAUGUAUAUAGGAUAAUUACAGAUUGUUAAUCAAAUGAUUUGUUAAAAGUCAAUGUAUGACAUCCAAUUAUCUGCAAGGAAAUAUAUAUGUUGAAAAAUGAAACUGUGUGCCAAGUAUCUGUGUAACCAUGAGGGUAUAAAAAUAAAAGCCAAACUUGAACCAA